UAGCGGCGCCGGAAGGCAGGACUUCCCGUGGAGCAGAGAGAGAGAAGGCGCUAAAACAAGAAGCAGCAUGGCAUCCGACAGCAACAUGGCUAACGUUAAUGGGAAGGAGGCUGCUUCCCUCAACGGAGAGCCGGUGGUGAAGCGGCUGAGGGAGAACGUCCAGCAGAACGUGUCGCUCCGGACCCCAAAGGAGCCCCAGAACAAAGUGACCGUGGUGCUCGGAGCUCAGUGGGGCGACGAGGGCAAAGGAAAAGUUGUGGACUUGCUCGCAAUGGAUGCGGAUAUUGUUUGCAGGUGCCAGGGAGGAAACAAUGCAGGGCACACUGUGGUGGUGGAUGCAGUGGAGUAUGACUUCCACCUGCUGCCCAGUGGUGUGCUUAACAAGAAGGCCACCUCAUUUAUUGGUAAUGGAGUGGUGAUCCACCUGCCUGGUCUGUUUGAGGAGGCUGAAAUGAAUCUGCGGAAGGGCAAAGGUCUACAGGGAUGGGAGGAGAGAUUAAAGAUUUCUGAUCGGGCCCACAUUGUGUUCAACUUCCAUCAAGCUGUUGAUGGGAUCCAGGAGCAGCAACGGCAGCAGCAAGAAGGGAAAAAUUUGGGGACCACUAAGAAAGGCAUCGGACCGGCGUACUCUUCCAAAGCAGCUCGGAACGGUCUCCGGGUCUGUGACUUGGUCUCAGAUUUCGGCGUUUUUGAAGAGAAGUUCCGAAUGUUGGCUGAUCACUUCCUAACCAUGUAUCCAAACCUCAACGUCGACAUUAAUGAAGAGCUGAAGCAGCUGAAGGAAUACGCAGAGAAACUGCGGCCUCUGGUGACUGAUGGUGUGUACUUCAUGCACAAAGCCCUCACUGGUCCUAGUAAGAAGAUCCUAGUGGAGGGAGCCAAUGCCGCCCUGCUGGAUAUUGACUUUGGGACGUAUCCUUUUGUGACGUCGUCCAACUGCACCGUGGGAGGUGUGUGCACCGGACUCGGCGUGCCACCGUCGUACGUUGGCCGGGUCUACGGCGUCGUUAAAGCCUACACCACCCGUGUGGGUGUCGGCGCUUUCCCGACAGAGCAAGAUAACGAGGUCGGAGACCGUUUGCAGGAAAGAGGCAGAGAGUUCGGCGUGACUACAGGCCGGAGGCGGCGCUGUGGUUGGCUGGACCUGAUUUUGGUCAGAUACGCCCACAUGGUCAACGGCUUCUCAGCGAUCGCUUUGACCAAGCUGGAUAUCUUGGACACACUGCCAGAGAUUAAAGUGGGUGUGGCCUAUAAGAUUGAUGGAGAGCCCCUGCCCAGCUUCCCAGCUAACAUGGACAUCCUGACGCGGGUGUCUGUGGACUACGAAACGCUGCCCGGCUGGUGCUGCAGCACGGAGACAGCCAGGAGCUUCGAGGAGUUGCCUCCACAGGCACAGAAUUACAUUCGCUUUAUCGAGAACUUCCUCCAAGUGCCAGUGAAGUGGGUCGGAGUGGGAAAGUCCAGAGAAAGCAUGAUCAAGCUGUUCUGAUCCCUGCUUCCCAUCAGCAGACGACAUUUCACACAAAGGGAGGAGAUGGAGACGCACCAGCAAGACCACCUACCAAAGCUUUUAGCCGCUGCUCGUGUGCCACAGUAACAAGAAGUCUUGAUCUGAUUUAUGCAUUCUACACUUUGACCUCUAUAUGACCUUAGGGUGUUAACUUUUAAAGCGGAAUCAUAAUGGACCCGUUCCAGUAGUAGUCCGAUAAAGCACAUUUUUCUUUUAGCUGUUGAAAGUUAUUGAUAUAGUCAACAUUUCUUCACCUCACAGAUCUAUUUUUACAUUUUAAGAGGCACUGAUGAACAGAUGUAGAAGCCUCCGGAUGAGAAGGACUUCCAAAUAAAAGAUUAUAUUUGUUACAUGAUAGAAAAAUUAUGAUUACCCCUGGUAUAGUCUUUUUUUUUCUGUUUAACUGAUUUUAAGGCAUUAUUGCAUCUCAAUUGUUAAGUUUGUAGAUAAUUUGUGUGACGUGUGACUGAACAAAGCUUUGAAUAAGAAUCCAGAGCAAAAAAAGUGGUCGUCACAUCCUUGCAGAGACGAGCUUUGGAAGUCGGGAAAUGUUCAGAUCGUGGAUUGAAAUGUACAAACUUGUUCCAGAGCUUGUUUUGAAAAUUAAAGAAACCCAUCAUGCGUAUUUGU